AAUAAUUUCACAUUGUAACAGAAAACGUCGCGAAACAUUUACUGUACGGUAUCAUUGAAAUUUAUAUCGGCCGACAAGUUAUUUCUGACAUGAGGCGACUCAUUCUUCUCGCCUUUAUCGGCACGUUUCUAAUAAGAAACGUAACGCUGUCAAAAAUUUAUGGAUAUCCUUCGCAUUUGGAAUGGUUGUUCAGCUCAAGUAAAUUAAGUGAUAAUGAGGAAGAAAAGCGAACUAUAUGCGAAUCCGAAGAAUGCAAGGAAAUGGCUGAUAUGCUAUUAGGAGCCAUGAAUAGAUCCGCAGAUCCAUGUGACGACUUUUACGAGUACGCGUGCGGAAAGUGGCCGGAGCAGAAUCCCAUUCCAGAAGGUUAUCCCAAAUGGAGUAUGAGCAUGAUGCUUAUUGACAAGACUAAUGAAGAAAUAAAAGAGAUUAUAACGGCCGAACCUAUGGAGAACGAACUCAGAACGGUGAAACUUGCGAAAAAGUGGUUCAAGGCUUGCACGGAUACAGAUGCGAUGGAAAAGCAAGGAGUCGACCCGCUGGUUUCUACCCUAUCGCGUUUAGGUGGCUGGCCGAUGAUAAUGGAGCCGGAUAAAUGGAACGAACAGGAAUAUAGCUGGCAAAAAGUGGACAAUCGAUAUAUGCGUUUAUUAGGAAGAAAUGCCUUUUACGACGUGCGCGUACAAAUAAAUGAUACAAAUGUAGUACAGAUUGACUUGCCACAUUUACCACCGGGUUCAGACCAAUUACGAGCUGUGAUAAAACUUGCUAUUGAAGCAGAAGAAACAGGAGACAGCAGAAGUGACGAGGACCCCAGUGACGAGGAAGAGCAAAGCAAAGAGCAGCCUGGAAGCGAAAACAAAGAUCAUUCUAAAUUCGUUGAUGAUGAUGACGAUGAUUUUGUAAUCGUCAUUGUUGGCGAUAGUGAAGACGAUGAUGAUAAUAACGAUGACGAUAAUGAUGGCAGUGGCGAUUGCGAUGACGAUAAUGAUGGCAGUGGCGAUAGCGAUGACGACGAUGACGACGACGACGACGACGACUACGACUACGACUACGACGACAACGAUGACGACGAUGACGACGAUGAUGAUAUAAACGAGAAUGAAGAUGUUAAGAAGGAAAUAGGCAAGAAGAAAAUCACCGCCAAGAUCAGUCAUAGGAAAAAUAAAAAAUUACAUGUUAGAAAAAGCGGCACUAAAAUCAUUAAGAAGCAUGACAGUAAGACGAAAAGACAGAGAAUAAAAAGAUGGGCGAUAACAGAAGUUGACGAUAAACGCGCGCAGCGUUUUAGUAGUCGCGAGAAGGUACACGCACGAAAAGGUAAAAGAAACUACGUAAGAAAAGUACAUAGAAAAAAGACGAAGAAAAUUUUGGACAGUGGGGAAACAGUAUACACAACGGCGAUACCGCAAGUUAACACAGAAGAAACAAAUGAAGAUAAUAAGAAUGAAAUAACAUUGUUACAACAGUACGCGAAUUACAUUUCGAAAGUGGCUCGUGUUAUAGCCAAAGAGGAAGGUACUAAAAUUUCAGAAGAACGUCUCAAUGAAGAUAUUAAAGAUAUGAUCGAGUUCCAAUUGAAACUGAUCCAGAUUUCUCCAGAGGUUACGUUGGAGUCGUUAUCCAAUCCUGUCAACAUGCAAGUUACACUUGGAGGUUUUCAACAAUGGUAUAACAAAAAAAACCCUAAAACAGCUAACAGCAGGAUUGACUGGGUGAAGGAAAUAAAGGCGUUGUUUGAUGAGGCGAACGAGUCCGUAGAUGACAAUUUAAAUCUAGACAUUAUUAAGCCAAGUUACAUUACAAAUCUUGUCUCCUUGCUGGAUGAAACGUCGAGUCGAACAAUCGUUAAUUAUAUACACUGGAACUUCAUAAGCAGAAUAAUAAAAACUACCACGAGUAAAAUGAGAGCGUUGUACGAUUUCUGGGAGACAGCUGCGAAGGGCACAGAGCCGAGCGAUAGAAUGUCUACUUGCAUGGAAUCAGCAGAGAUAAAAGAAAUUCUAGCGUACGAAUUUGUAAGAAAAUAUUUCUCCGAUGAUCUCCUCGAAACAGCAUCAAAUUUACUCAGCGAUGUACAAAAGGCAGUCGAAUACCUGAUUAAAGAAUCAGAUUGGAUGGAUGACAAAGCUAAGGAAUUUGCUUUAGCAAAAGUAAAGAAUUUGAAAAAAUUUAUCGGAUAUCCGAAAUGGUAUAAAAAUACCACGGUUAUUCAAGAGUAUUACGAAGGACUCAUUAUCGGCUCGUCACAUUAUGAAAAUACUCUUCGAUACAACAAAUUCGACAAAUGGAAGAGUCUACGGAAGUUAUCGAAAAAUAUUAACGAAGUCGAAGAAGAACAAGAGUUAAAUCCGGCUCAAGUGAAUGCCUUUUACGCGUCCUUCUGGAAUGCCAUGUUUGUCACGGCAGCGGAUUUUCAGACCCCAUGGUUCUCUUACGAUCGACCACGAUUCGUUAAUUUUGGUAUUAUUGGAUUCGUCAUAGCUCACGAGGUUAAUCACGGAUUUGAUAAUCAAGGACACUUGUACGAUAAAAACGGUGAGCGCCUGGGAUGGUUAUCAGCAAUGGCCGGCGAGUAUUAUAACAAAAGGCAGGAUUGUUUCGUGGAGCAGUUUAAUAAAUAUCCCAUUGAUAAAAAUACAAAUAGAAAAAUAGAGGAUUAUGGCAAGCAGACGACGAGCGACAACAUCGCGGACACAAUGGGAUUACAGGCGAUAUUUAAAGCUUAUGAACGCAAGGAGAAAGAGAGCAAAACACCGGACGCCACGUUGCCGGGUAUGAAAGAUUUUACCAACAAUCAACUGCUCUUUUUAUCUUUUGCCAGUUUAUGGUGCGAAGCGGUCGCCGACCCAAGUGCAUUAAUGGCUACCGCCAUGGAAGAUGAGCAUAGCGUUGCGCGACUGAGAAUUAUAGGUUCCGUAUCAAAUUCAGAUGACUUCGCUAAAGCUUUCAAUUGCCCCGUUGGCAGUCCGAUGAAUCCCGAAAAGAAGUGCAAUAUCUGGAAAUAAUCCAAAAAUAUCUUGCAAAGAAUCUUUCAUAGAAGUACUUACUCACAGAAAUUAUUCAUGUAUUGAUAAAUAAAAUAUAACGGAUGUCUGUAAACAUU